UGACGAGUUGCUUUGGACAAAAAGCACAACAGAAUGGAACAAACGCAGGGAGAAUGAGGGCGUCAAAGCAGUUCCUGACGAAGUACAACUUGUACAUAGUCACGUGGCUUUUCUAACUUUUACGUAGGGCUUCAACUCUGCUUCACAGCAACCAGCAUCGAUGCACAUACCUUUGUAGAUAUGGUGGAGACCGUUCAAAUAAAGCUUAGCGAGGAGGAACCUGUAUCUGCCAGCGCAGUGCAGAAGCAAGUUGCGCAGGUUAACAGGGACUUGGCCCACACGCUGUUUAAUAAGAACCCGGCAUUGGCAAGCGUCGUCCGUGACCUACAGGAGCGGAAUAAGCGGGCACAGCAAGAGAAGGAAAAGGAGGCAGCAACUGGAUGCCAGGUCGCUGCUGAUGCAGUCGACCAGGACACCGGACCUACGACGGACAUUGAGCUUGGAAAUGGAAGAGGAUUAUGGGUAGUAGGUGGAGCUAGCACGGUCGCGGAUUGCAAAACAGCGCUUGAGAAGGUUGGCGCGGACCCGAAAGGCGCUGCGGAGCAACACCAGCCUGCGGGCAUCACCUCGGACAUUCCAGAGGAGUUUACGGUUCAACCAAAGGAUAUUUCCACCGGAGUUCAUUUGGCCCGGGAAGGUCGUUCAGCGGAGGCCUUGAAACGCUCCUUCAGGGACUUGGCUGACAUUGUGCGCCUCUACCCGACCGCAUGGAUUGUUCCGCUCGCGGUUUUCUUCCUGCUCACGGGCUUAGGCGUUUGGGGUGUCAUCUCGGGGGCGCAUUCGCAUGUCCAGCAGCGCAAGGACGAUGCCCGCAGUCGGGCUGUGGAUGCAGCAACGGGUUUCCAGAUCCAGCUGCAGCAGUCCUUCACGCCGGGUGUUACCUUCCAGCUGCUGGUGAAGCAGCGGCCGGAGUGGGAUUACUGGCUGGCCAACUUCAACCAGACAGCGGAGGAGCUCAUGUCGCGGGUGCCCAACGGCUCCCUGUGGAACCUGCAGCUGCAGCCCUUUGCGCAGGUGAUGAUGAUGCACCCCUUCCGACCCGAGGACCUCAGCCAGGUGGUCCCGCCGCGCGACCUGCUGGGAGACCCCACACGGCGUGACGACAUCCUGCGCAUCAUCCAGACCAAGGAGCAGCUGGUGGUGGGGCCGUUCUACCUGGUGCAGGGCUUCACGGGGGCAUUCAUCCGCUACCCCAUCUACGUGCAGGACGUUGGCGCCAACGAGACGUUUGGCUUCCGCUACCGCGAUAACGCCACCGCCAUCCCCUACUCGGACCUGCCUGCCAGCGUGCGCAGCUGCUCCGUGUGCUACAACGCAGCCACACGCGAGAAAUGGUGGGGCCUGCUGACGGUGCUGGUGAACUAUGACGAGGUCACACGGGGCAAGGACUCGUACCUCGUCAAUCUUCGAGACAUGGGCUUCCAUUACGCCCUCGUCCGGCCGAUCAACGACACCUACGAGCAGGUCAUUGCGCAGUUUGGCGACAGCACCCUCAUUGGCGAAGACGCGGUGACGGUUGAGGUGAAAGUCGUCAAUGCCGUUUGGUAUCUCAGGGUGGCACCGGCGAAUGGGUUCAAGCCUUCUUGGCAGGCACCUCUGAUUGCGGCUGUGGUCAUCAUAGCACUCAUCAUGUCGCUGCUGCUCUUCGUCUCGCUGGCUUCCUUCAAGCGGCAACGCGUACUGCUGCGCGAGACAGUGGCUGCUAACCUCAACCUGGCAGAAACGACGAAGCGGCUGGAGGAAGAGAAGGAGCGCAUGGACCUGCUGCUGCUGCGGCAGUACGACCUGCUGCGCUGCCUGGACGCCAACCGCUCGAACAAGAAGGACGGCUCCUCGGAUGCCAUCCACGGGGGAUCCAAGCGGGCUAUGAUGGCCCGCAUCGAGGACGCCCGCCGCUCGCUCAACGUGGUGAAGACGUCCGUGGAGGACCCCAUCCAGGUGUUCGAGGUGCUGGGGGCGGGAGCGUUCGGCAAGGUGCAGCGAGGCCUGUGGAGAGGAACGGUUGUUGCCGUGAAGACCAUGAUCCUUCCCGCCAACAUGACUGGGCAGCAGAAGCGCGAGAAGAUGGCGGUGAUGGAGGCGGCCAUCAGCAGCAGCCUGGUGCACCCGAACAUUGUGACCACCUACACGUACUUCAUCCGGCCCUACCACGAGCCCACACACGAGGGGGUGCAGCAAAUGGCGGUCACCAGUCAGGGCAGCGGCGGCGGCGGCAGUCAGAGCCGCGCUACGGACCCGCAUGGCUCGAUGGACGAUAGCACCGCCUCUGAGGGCACCAUCCACAGCUAUGAGGUUCGGCUGGUGUUGGAGUUUUGCGACAAGGGGUCGUUGAAGGACGCGUUGGACCAGCAUGCCUUCAUGCAAGGUGGCAGCCUCAACCUGGCAGCCAUGCUUGAGACCGCCGCCGACAUCGCCAAGGCCAUGGUGCACAUGCACGCUGCGAACGUGCUGCACUCGGACCUGAAGGCGCGGAACAUCAUGCUCAAGAGCAGCGGCACGGAGGGGCGCGGCGUGACGGCCAAGGUCGCCGACUUUGGCCUCUCCACGCGCAUGGAGCACCAGGAGACGCACCUGAGCGCGUGCUUCCAGGGCACGCUCACGCACAUGGCGCCGGAGGUGAUGCUGGAGGGGCGCAUCAGCAAGGCAGCGGAUGUGUACUCGUUCGGCAUCCUGCUGUGGGAGUUGUUUUGCGCGGCCGACCCCUUCGCCGGCGUCCCCCGCGCGCACAUGGGCCACGCCAUCACCAAGGAGGCUCGGAGGCCGCGCUUCCCGCCCUUCGCGCCGCGCAGCUACGUGGAUCUGGCCAGCCGCUGCUGGGACCCGGACGCCUCGGCGCGCCCCUCCUUCGAGCAGGUGCUCACGGAGCUGGUGCGCAUCCGGGAGGAGAUGGGAGGAGACACGCCGCCGCUGGUCAUCGCACCGCCGAAGCCGGUGUCGAUCUCGCAGCAGGGCGGCCACGGCUUUGCGGCUGGCGGACAGCACGGCGGCUCGAGUGCAGGUGGGGGUGCUGCCGGACGCUUGGAUGACGGAGGCGCGGGCGGGAACGUUGACAACAACAACCCGCUGGUGCUGUACAACGCGGGUAUCGUUGUAGGCGGUGCUUCCACGGUCACCGGUGGCAGCAUGCCGGGGGGUGCGGCGGGCGGUGGCUGCGCUAGCGCCCAUGGAGGCGGGAGCACGGGAGUGGCGGGGGCCACGCAUUCCUCCAUGGCGCAGCGCGCGAUGAUUAAGAGUUCUAUGGCUAUGAGGCACUGGACAAACAUGGGCAUACGGGUAGGGGGAGGCGGAAGCUCAGGCAUGGGGCAGACGUUGCCGGCGCUUAGCGAGGAAUCGGAACAAUCACCCAAGUGAGGAGGCGAAGUGCGUUGGUUUCAAUGCUUGCGUUGUCGAUGCUUCACGCUAUCAAGGAGGAAUGUGAGGAGGUCUUAGGUUAUUAAUAUUUGUCCCUAUUGAGCUCUGUGUGGUGGUGGGAAUGCUGCUUGAAUUGUUUGUGUAUGUGUGGUGGUGAUGGCGUGUGGGAAUGCUGGUGGUGGUGGGAGGGCUGUUGCAUGCAUAUAAUCACCUGGGGGGUGCAUUUCAUGCAUGGAUUGAGACUUGGCGGCUGCUUCGGUGGGAAGAGGCCUGCAUGUAUGGCAAGAACCGCAUGCUUGCAGCAGCAUGCUGGGGCAGCGACGGUACUCGCUGGCCGUACGUGUGGCAACUUGUGUUCGAGGUACCGGUCGUAACACGCACCGCGUCGUUGUAAGGCCCCCUUGUACCAACAACAUAAGUCCGUGUUGCGCCCCCCCCCAUUCGGGGGUUAUUUGGCCAUGACUGGUGCUGGUUGCUGCGGACUGUUGUGGGGUGUUUGUCGGCUCAUCAGUUGUGAGAGCAGUGAUUGCCACGCUUUGCAUGUUGGGGAUGCUACGGCCGUUCCCGGGCUCAGGGUAGGGCUGUGCAUCAUCGUAAACGCUGGCUUUUACAACGGUCUUUUGACAUGCGUGCACGUGCACGUGCAUUCAUCGUGUGCAGGGAGUUCCGUGUGUUCUAUAGGUUUCUGUAGCAUUCGUGGAGUGGCGCAGGUCAGGAGACCGUUGGCUGCUGUGCUUAAGGACAAGAAAACGCUCCUCGGGCGGCGUCACUUUAGGCGUGGCACAUGGAGGAGUGGGUUUAAAGGUUGCUGGACGGUUUCUGUUUAUCGGUGUUGGUCUGAGCCCGACAAGGCGUUUGCCCUCACUAGUGCUCCAUUUAGAAGCUUGCAGUGGCGUUUGUUGACGUGGAAUUCCCGUCCUGUACCUGCGAGCGCCGUGGCUUGGCUUAAGGAAGGGUGGGUCCUGGAUGUACGCGGAAGGAUUGGGGGAAGUCGUUCCUUGUACGCUGCAAAUGGCACCUGCACAUUUAAGUACGGCUAAGUGUAGCCAGUUGGCGAGGGCGUGGCAUUUGGAAAGAGCUGCAGAAACGGUUGAGAGGCCGCUUCAGAGCCGGUUGGAGUGACGCGCUGGCUUCCCCAACGCAGUCCCUCUUUUCCUGGGGAUGUCGCUUGGGCCCAAGGGCGUUGUGAUGGUAUGACGUGUAUUGUGUUAUAAACUUAUAAUAUAUCAACUAUAGCAACUGUUGACAUGCUGAAGUAAGUACGUGUGCUAACGAUGCUAGUGUGGCAAAGAGUCCUCCCUGCUUGCAUGUCAUGCCAAGGGGUUCACUCGUGCUGAUGCCGAUGGGGCUACUUCCACGAUAAUGCAGCCGAGUUGGGCCUGAUCUGUUCUGAUGUGAACAUUGUAUGGUAUGCACCGCUUGUUACGAACACCUCUCCUAUUGCAGGCUUCGGUAGUAUGCUGGUGAAGUUGCUCAUCGGCAUGCUUAAGUAGUGUUCAUGUUAAAUGCACACGUAUUUUUACCGUGUGCUUUCAAACGUCACCACGAAACGGAAUGGCGUGUUGGGGUACACUAGGCUUCCCUGCGCCCGGGCGCUCCUUGGUCGCGGCGGUUAUAGCUGCGGCGUGGUUAUUCAUGAGGAUUGGCGCUGUUUUAACCUACCCUGUCGCACCUACCAGAGCUGUGCAUGGCGCCCCUUGCUCCCUUCCUAGCUUCCUGUAACUGUC